GGAUUGAGUCAUUUCGCUGCUUCACCAAAGCAAGCCUUUCCGACUCGCCCUGGACAGUUCAAACUGGCAAACUGAAACUUUCCUCAGUUCCAACGCCAUGCACUUUGACUGGCUAUGCAUUUCUCCAAAACAUAUGCGCAGCUACUCCUCACGUUACCUCCAGAAUUGCGGGAUAACGCUAUAGAAUAUCGCCAGCUAAAGAAGCUCAUCAACCAAGUUGUGAAUGAACUCUCCUCUUUGGGUCUGAGUCCAUCUGUUCUUCAGCAGCUGCUCGAGCACCGAGAAACCGCCAGAAUCGGAAACCUCGACGACGUCGAGCUUGAUAGUCACACGACCAGCGACAACACCCAUAAUAUAUUUCAACCGCUUCACCCUCACGUUGUAUACGAAUUUGCGACCACGUCGACUUUUCUUGAGCCUCGUUUGCGCCUGUCCAUUAAACAUCCAUCAUCUGAUCUGCACACUGAAACAGAAGUGGCAUGUCCCCCUAACGUGCUCACAACGGGUACAGCGCAAAACGGGCUGCUCGCAGACCUGCCAAGCGCAGUAUCUAACAGGAUUCUUCUGGCGCUCUCUCGUCAAUUUCCCCUGGAGUCACUCGAACAGCCUAAUGGCUCCGAACUUACGCUGGACUCUUUGACGAAUUCGUCACAAAACACCCAUGAGCUUGUGAUACCCCUUAUAUCAGACACAGCAUUCUUUCGUCUUCUCACUACAGCCCUGCAAUCGCUCUCCACUCACCUUGUCACCGUUCAUUCCGAUUUCACAACUACGCUACAGUCGCUCUCGCUAUCAAUCUCCCAUGCCGCACGUCCCACAUCGUCGACUUCUUCCUUCCAUCCCCACUCUCCUGUAUCUAAUAAUACCUACAUUUAUCCGAGUUCCAUUAUCACACCAGGCGUCAAAUCGGACCUAUAUUCGUGGCGCGAGAUCUUUCAACUUUAUGUUGAAGCCGAGGUAUUUGAGGGAAUUGGAGAGAUAAAUAGAGGCGAGCGAACUGUCGAAGAGUCAGAAAAGCGACUGCGCCUAUUUUCUGAACGUGUAUCCCAGAGAGGUCUUGACAGUAAACAAAAGUUGAAGCUGAAACAAAGUCGAGAUGCGUUGGGAACAUUCCUCAAACUUAACUUCUUCAUCCUGGACUUGAAAAAGUUUCAGCUCGCGAAUGCCGAAGCGACUCGCAAAAUACUGAAGAAGCACACGAAACGUACGGCGUUACCAUUACCUGCGUUCGCAUCAAAUUUAGCAAGAUGGAAUGGUCCACUUCCACCAGCUGAACACACGCCAUCUAUUUCUGACCUUGCCCUGAUUCCGACAACUUCCACUUCGCUACCACGCCUAUUUGUUCAAGCCAUCGGGGAGACUCUUUUGCCUAUAGUCCCACACAUCGAUGAUUAUGCCUGUCUGAUCUGCACGAGCAUUGCGUUCAAGCCCAUACGCCUUGCAUGUGGCCAUCUCUUUUGCGUUAGGUGCCUCGUCAAGCUUCAGAAGAGGGGCAAGGCAAACUGCCCAAUGUGUCGCGCACCGACUGUGUUAACCGCGAAUCGCUCAAAUGUCGAUUGGGCUUUGAUAAACUUCAUGGAAGAUUGGUUCCCCGUCGAAUCCAAAGCAAAGCUAAAGCAGAAUGAACGUGAGGCGGCCGAAGAAGAGUUCGAGGAGCUCGGAUUACGCAUGCAGUCUUGUAUGGUGAUGUGAGUGCCUCAGAUGUCAUGGUUGAUAUAUUUGGAAUGGCUUGUCUCCGGCUGUUCUCAAGAAAUUUGUGGGUGUCUGGUGAAUUUUAUAAUGCUUAUUAUUAUUGGAAGACUUAUGCUAUGGCAUUGCAUUGCGCUUUACCACCCAGUGCCUCUUUUCUUGCCCGCCUUGUUCGUAUUUAUCUCGGUAUAUACCAAGGGAUGGAUUCUAUAUUUAUAUAUAUAUAAUGUACCUUACGGUAGAUUCUCAAUAUACACGAACAGGAUCAAGUA